AUGCCAGUCCCCGUCUCCUUCCUGUCUCAAGCAUCCUUUGCAGCUACACUCGUGGCGUCAACCAUUGGCACAUUCAUCGCCCUCUCACCACCCGAUGCUGCUGCUGUAGACCAGAAACCCUCACCAGCAGCAGCAGCAGCAGCAGCCGAAGAUUCGCUCUCCUCGCUAGGUCUAACGAGCAGUUUAUUCGGAAAGCUAGCCAUGGCCCCUCUAUUCCUACUAUCCCUGCACACUGCACUCCUCGCGCUGUACUAUCCUGACAUGCCGGCCUUUCUUCAAGGGUGGGGGAGGAGGAGGAGGGGGAAUGAUGGCCCUAACACCAAACUCUUAAGCUGGUCAAGUCCAACAAUUAUUCCGCUCGCGAUGAUCCUGGUGCUCGGAAUCCCGCUGCGGCUGGUCCCCUACGCGACCCUGGGGCGGAACUUCACCUUCUUCCUCAGCGCGCCGGACCGGCUGAUCACCACGGGCGUGUAUGCCUACGUCCAGCAUCCCAGCUACGUGGGACUCGUGACGCUCGUGCUGGGGAAUGCUCUGCUCUUGGGCCGAACGGACGGGGUCAUGAGUUGUUGGAUUCCACCUGGACGGCACGACAGCUUAAGUGGGUUGGCAAAGUGGGUGUUCGGGCCCGCGGGUCUCUCAGUCCUACUCUUCGCUGUUUGGACGAGGGUGCUGGAGGAGGAAAUCAUGCUGGAACGGGAGUUUGGGAGGGAGUGGAAAUCUUGGCAUGAUCGCACGGCUCGGUUUAUUCCAGGAGUCUUUUGA